UAGAACGCAAUGAUCAAGGAAGUGUGAAAUUGUCGUUCAACAAGCUGUUUUGCUACAGAAAUGGGAGCGACAGGUCCCUACAGAAUCAUGCUGGGGCUGCUUUUGACGAUAACUUGCACCUUAACAGCGACUGCAUCGUCAGAUGCAUUCGAUGGAGUUUUGGGCAACACUGCCUUUUGCCACAAAACAUGUCAGAUGACCUACAGUUUGCAUACUUACCCACGGGAUGAUGAACUCUAUGCUUGCCAACGAGGUUGUCGUCUGUUUUCCAUAUGCCAGUUUGUCGGUGAAACAGAAGACCUUAACCAAACUAAAUCUGAGUGCGAGUAUGCUUGCCAUGAGGCGUACUCCCAGGCUGAUGUGCAGUAUGCCUGCAAUCUUGGAUGUCAAAGCCAACUUCCUUUCGCCAGGCAGAGACAAGAACAGCUUUCAGCCAUGAUGCCAAGGAUCCAUUUACUCUACCCUCUGGCCUUAGUCAGGGGCUUUUGGGAUGAUGUCAUGAGCCAGGCUCACAACUUCAUCAUGUCCUCCUGGACAUUCUACCUGCAAGCAGAUGACGGAAAAGUUGUUAUUUUCCAGUCCGAACCACAAGUUCAGUUUGUCCCUCAGCUUGAAUAUCAGAUGGAAGAGGAAGAGGUUCCACAGAGAUCAUUCCAAGGAUUAGGCAGCCCCGUUUACAAAGAUUACCAUCGCGGCUACAUUCAGGAGAGAGACAGGGAUAUGUUUGUGGACCGGAGUGGGGAUGAGUCGAGCCUUUUUGGAUGCCUGUCAAGGAACCCAUGGCUUCCAGGCUGGAUUCUGACCACCACUCUGGUUUUGUCUGUUCUUGUUCUGAUUUGGAUCUGCUGUGCCACAGUGGCUACUGCUGUUGACCAGUAUGUUCCUGCUGAGAAGCUAAGCAUCUAUGGAGAUAUUGAGGUCAUGAAGGACCAGAAGCUUACACCAUACCCACCAUCCUCUCUGGUGAUCAUCACCUCCACUGAGGAAGAAUGUGAAGCAGGGCCCCUGCCACCAAAAGUCAGUUUGGAUCAGUCUAACAUCUAGAAAUUGAAAACAUCAUCAAUCCACUCCGAUAUCUGUGGGUUCACUGGGUAGGCGGGGAAAUGAGAAAAGAUGAGCCCUGCAUUUUGGUCUUAUUCUUUAGCAGUUCAUUUUUUUCACUUGGAAUUGCUACCUUGAUUUCUUGCACAUUUUCUAUAAUGUUCCCCUUUUAGCCUCUAAAAAGAUAUUGGGAGGUGGGGGAGGGGUGAUUAAUUGUGUCUAUAUAUUGGCAUGAUUGAAUUGCUACAUUGUCAAUGAUGGCCAAGUUUCAUAGAUUUAUAGAUUGUUUACCUGGUUUUGUGGGAUCCAUCUAGAAUGAAUUGUUUUUUCCCCUGCUUUCCUGAAACAAUAAUGAUGUGUUAUCUACAGCUUUGAUUCAAGAGGUUGUGGUAAAUGGCUUUCUGUGGGGUAUCUAAUGCUGAACUCUGGCUGUAACUGAAGUCGUGUUGUCUCUAGUACAGAGGAUGGAGCAUAUCAACAACCUGAAACAUUGGGCUUAAUGGGGAAGUGUAACAGUAACAUGCUCCUUGAUUACUGUCAGAGAUAAGAAUGUGUUUUUAUUAAAUUCUGCUGUGUUUUUUUUCCUGAAUAAAACUUUUAAAACACA